AGGUUCCUUUAGUGGGACAAUCAGGGAACGAAUCUCUCUCCACAGUUGUGAGGAGCUUUUUGAGCUUAGAAAUCCUGGUCUAAACCAUCAUGGGACAAGCGUGUCUACCCUGCAGAUGAUGUAUAAGACUGCAAUGGAAAGUUUGAAGCCAAGGGAGACUACCUAUGCAAGCAGUCAUAAAAGGGAAGCCACCCACAAUGUUCCCCUGGUAUUGUCAGUGGCCAAACUUCGGAAGCUGCUGUUAAAAAUGCCAACCAAUGCUAGCAGCAAGGAACCAGUUGUUCCAGAGGUGAUGAACAAGGGUGCCAAUUCUGUCGGGACAUCCAUACCAGGAAGUAACCUUCUGAAAGAAUUAGUUCUGACACAAGAGGAUAUAAAUUUUCAACGAAAAGAGGACCUUCUUCUUGUUCUGUAUCAAGAGAUAGGCAUCCUGAGUUUCAGACCUUUAAAGCCUCUUGCUUCAGACACACAGAUGCGUAUUCUUUUAGUGUCUUUACUUCUCCAGUCUGCAGUAGACACCAUGGUUACACAGGCAACCAUUCUAGCAGGCACACUGGAAUUGAACCCAAAGGAGAGAGUUAAGAACAAAGUGGAAACUGACAAAAAGAAACAAUCUAAGGAUAAAGCCAAGACAAACAAGGACAGGAAAGGCGGCAAAGAGACAUCACCCCCCUGCCACCAGUGCCGCGCCCAGGGAGGAAACCUACUUUUUUUCUGCAGCUUACAAAAUGAGAACGUCUUCGGAUGA